AUGGGAGGUGUUACAACCAUUCCAUUAGUGAAAGAACGAGUGCGGUUGAUACGAGAAGUGGGCUCAGUUCUCUUGACACAUUUUGAAGGAAGUGCUUUUCAAUUGAUUCAAUCUGCUCAAAAGAGUGUCAAACAAUUAGUCUCUCUCAUCACUCAAUACUUUCCAGGAUUUAGAGAUUCUUGUAUUUAUUCUAAAACUGGACAUCAAAUUCAUUUCUAUAAGAGAGCACAAAUAUUUUGUGCAGAUAUUUAUGGAUGUUUUAGAGGAGAAGGUAUUGGUGAAUUUGUAGAUAUUCAUGAAUUGACCAUGUUUGCUGAUUAUCGAGUACCACAAUUAUUGAGUAGUAAUAUUCAUUUCAUUGAAUGCAUUGAGGAUCAAAAUAAGGAAAAAAAUAAGGAGCAAAUCAAUGAGAAUCCUAGUAACGAUCAAAAUAAGGAUCCAAUCAAUGAGAAUAACAUGAUCCAGAGUGAGUAUGACGAUGAUGAACAUGUCGUACUUGUCUAUAGUUCAGAAUUGAAAGAUAAAAUUGCUCGAUUGCAACCAUUGGAAUAUAGUUCUCAAAUGGAAGUUGAAAUUAGAGCAUUUACAAUUCAAGCAGUUGAACAAAUGAGACAAGUUUUACUCGAAAAACACAAUAUCAAGUGUUUGAGUAUUGAGAUUGAUUGGAUGUUAUGGCAAAUUGGUGAAAAUGCAAGAAAGACAAUCAAGCCUCAUCAUCGAACACUUUCUAUUUAUUACUAA